GAGAAGCUCGGCGUCGCCGUGCCCGCCGGGGUCGAAGCUGCCGUGCACACAGUCCGGGCCUGGUUUGGCCGCAAUGCCACCUCCUCCGGCAAGCUUCUCCUCAAGUUGGAUUUUUCAAACGCGUUUAAUACCAUCUCCAGGGAACAAGUCGUCGCAGAGACUUGCUUGCAUUUUUCGGGCCUUGCUAGGUGGGUAGGUUGGUGCUAUAGGCGUCCCUCUGCCCUUCAGUUUGGGAGUGCUUCUACAGUGCAGUCGGCCGGCGGCGUGCAGCAGGGCGACCCGUUGGGCCCUUUGCUUUUCUCGGCCGCGCUCCAAUCCCUUGCUCAGGACCUUCGCGGACAGGGGCUCGACCUUGCAUUUUUCUACCUCGAUGAUGGGGUCAUCGCGGGUGAUGUGCGCGCAGUUGUCCGCGCCCUCCAGCUUGUGCAACGUCGUGCCCCUGCUCUGGGCUUACGGCUCAACCUCAGCAAGUGUGAGGUUGUCGGGGCGGGGCUCUUGUCGGAGUCGGCGGUCUCUCAACUUCUUCCUUUAGAAUUGCUUCAGGGGGCCAGCCGCUUCCAGCGCAGCUUGGAUUUGCUUGGGGCAGCCAUUGGGGACGACGCCUUCGUCUCUGCCCACACCAAUGCCCGUGUUGAGGCGGCCGCGCCCCUCUUGGAUGCGUUGGCCCAGCUCGAGGACGCUCAGGUUGGACUUCGCCUGUUGCGUUCCUGUGCCGGUUACACUCGCCUAGUCCAUAGCAUGCGGUGCGCCCCUCCCACCUGCCAGCGUGGGGCCUUGCAGCGGUUUGACUCGCUCGUGUGCAGUAGUCUUGCUGGCCUCACUGGGUUCCACCUUGAUGCCGCGCAGCUCAGGCAAGCGGCGCGGGCCUUCGCUCACGCAGGCCUCGGACUUCGGUCUGCUGCACGUGAUGCCUUUGCUGCCUACCUUGCCUCUGUAGGCGGGUGUGCCGACGCUUGCAGAGAGCUUGACCCUGCUUACAGCUCUGCCCCUCUGGCCACGGACCCUUAUGUCCUGCAAGCCCUUUCCGGCCACAAUGCCCUCCUUUCGGAGGCCCUCACGCCUGAGGCUGCCCUUUCCGCUAAGCAGAAAACCCUCACCGCCCUUGCCGAUGAGGCCAGCUGGCGCGAGCAGCUCGCGGCUUGUUCGGUUGUCGCGCGUGCCGUGCUUCUCUCUGAGGCUGAGCCUGGCGCAAGAGCCUUCCUUGCUGCUAGCCCGGUUGGGCGCACUCGGAUGGACUCUGCCAUUUUUGUGGCCGAGUUGCGACAGCGACUUGGCAUGCCCGAUGCCGCUUCCGACCUGUGGUGUCCUCAGUGCCAGGGCGUCCUGGACAGGUUUUCCCUGCACGCGGCAACCUGUGUCGCAGGUGGCGAACGCAAUCAGCGCCACAAUGCGCUCCGUGAUCUCCUUUGUUCUUGGGCGGAGCGGGCGGGCUUGCAACCGGAGAAGGAGCGGCCCGGGCUCCUCCUUCCCCAAAGGCCUGAAGACUCCCGCCUGGCCCAACGACGCCCUGCAGAUGUCUAUUUGCCAAGCCUCAAGGGCUUUCCUGCUGCACUUGAUCUGGCCGUGGUGGCCCCGCAGCGGCAGGAAAGUCUUGCCCAGGCUGGGCAAAGGGCACUUGCUGCUGCUACUGCAUAUUCUCGUACCAAGGAAAUGCAUCUUGAUGCUGCCAACGCUUGUGCUGCCCAAGGGGUCCGCUUCCACCCCCUUGUGGUUGAGGCGACAGGGGCAUGGUCGCGUGAUGCUGCGGCCAUCCUCACACUCAUUUCACAGGCGGUUGCUGCCCGCGAGGGUGACCAAGCCUCCCUUGUGCAUGCGCGGCUCUUGCAGGAGUUGAGCGUUGUCGCGCGCAGCCAUCGCGCGAGGGCGGUGCUUCGCCGCCGGUCUGAGCUCGCCGCAUCCGGCUGA